AUGUGGGACACAUGACCCGGAAAAGAAGCUACCGCGUUACCGGUGGUUGAAUUAGCAGCAGACCUGACCGCGACUUCUUCAUCAUGUCCGCCAAACUGAACGCUUUAACUAGCGACUCUUACAUUGACAUUAGUCAGUACAGAGACCAGCAUUUUAAGGGAAACCGCUAUGAUCAGGAGAAGCUGUUGAAACAGAGCAACACUUUGUACGUGGGGAACCUUUCCUUCUACACCACAGAGGAACAGGUUCAUGAGCUGUUUUCUAAAAGUGGAGAUGUUAAACGCAUCAUCAUCGGCCUGGAUAAAGUCAAGAAGACGGCCUGUGGGUUCGUCUUUGUGGAAUAUUACACACGUGGUGAUGCAGAACAUGCCAUGCGCUUCAUUAAUGGAACACGGCUGGACGACCGGAUCAUCAGGACAGACUGGGAUGCCGGCUUCAAGGAGGGACGACAGUACGGUCGUGGCAAAUCUGGAGGACAGGUGAGAGACGAGUACAGACAGGACUACGACCCAGCCAGAGGCGGCUAUGGUAAACUGGCUCAGCAGCAUCCAAUUGUAGAGCCACGUCAUACUUUUUAAUAAAAAAAAAAGAAAAGGACAUGACCACGACCACAGCAGACUGCCUGGACCACACAGAGCUCCACCGUUAAGUGCUGGACUGAAAUAAAUACCAGAUCACGCCAACACA